CUGUGCAAAGUUUGAGUGACAUAAAAGUUUCUUACUGUAAUCGCAAUGCAAGGAUGUCUGUUUCCUCGUCUGCCAGAUGAAAUUGGGUGGGAAUGUCUGGUGAGGGUGGAGUUGAACUCUCAUCGCAAUCUUAGAUGUGUCUGCAAAAGCUGGAACGCCGCACUGAAAAGCCCCCGCUUUUAUCAAGACAGAAAAAGAUUGAAGAUUUCAGAGCAACGGAUUUGUAUGCUCCACUGGAUAGACGGCAAUUGGGACAUAGUGGUAUACGACCUGGAGAAGAAGUCCUCCAAAAGUCUACCGCCCAUUCCCGGUCAAAUUUACGGCCGCUGUCAGUGCCAUGUCGUGAAACGAAAACUGGUUUUGAUUGGGAAUGCCUAUGGAAAUUGUUUAUGGUUGUAUGAUUUUGCUUGUUCGGAAUGGCGGGAGGGUGCCCGAAUGCCGGAAUGGCGAGAAGGAUUUGCCUCCGCAGCGGACGAGGAGAGGGGACUGAUUUAUGUGGGUGGAGCGUUUCGGUACUGCAAGUAUGGCCUCACUAGCGCUUCAGUUUACAAUGUGGAGGAGGACAGGUGGGAUCUCCUCCCCGAUAUGAACACCUGUAUGGACGCCUUUACAGGUGCUUUUGCUGACAGCAAGUUUUACGUAAUGGGCAACCGUCACUGCCACACCAAUGAGGUUUUUGAUUGCUACACAAAAAGCUGGAAAACUAUGGAGGACAGAUUUAACAGUGUUAGUGCAGUGUGCUUCGUAAGUGCGUUUGAGCGCUUGUACUGCUUUUCUGCUAUGGGAUUGAUUGAAUAUGAGUACACACAAGAUAAACUGAACAUUGUAGAGACUUUUCCCACGGGGGAUUGGCACGAAACUAUUAUUUUCACUGUAGUGAUUGGCCAUAACAUCUUUAUUUGUAGAUGGGAUCACAUUGAAGGUCAAACGUUUUGGUUGCUCAGACCUCCAAGUGAGAGAGGAGGAGGAGGAGCAUUCAAGUGGACUGGCAUUGAGAGACCAUUGAGCUUCCAGAGUUGCGCUAUAAAUGCUGCUACCUUGGAUCUUUGACUAUUUUUCAGUCUGGUUUCAGUUGAAUUGUAACUUCUUGUCAAAUGGUAAGGUGCCCGCUGAAUGUGUUUCCCUCAUUUCCGUUCACGGUAUUUUUCUGCCGCAAAGCAACGGCUAGUCCUCUAUAGUCCCUCCCACUUUAUUAAUGUACGCCUGCUAGAAUAAGGAACUAUAGUUCCGGAAGAGUUAUGGCAGGGUUGUUCGGUCGAGGCUAACCUGCUCAACUCACCAACUCUAGCGGCCAGGUAGAGGAGGACACCGAUCCACAAAAUUGAAAUCAUUACUGUUAAAUCAAAAAGUUUCAACAAGAAUAAUGAUUAUGGCUUAUACUCAUUGUCUAAUUAAGCUA